CUUAGUGAGGAGAGCGACAAGUCCGGCCUGCGCAGCGGUGGUGAAGAAGGGUUGCCCAGCAGCCAAUGCUCAUCUGACUCGGAGAGGCUAUCCGGAUUGGGGCCAUUAUUCUAUGAAGAAGACCUCCUCGCCGAUGACACCGAGGGUGAGGAGAUCGAAGAGGCGGACGUGGAUGUCACGAUGGUGGAGGUAAAACGGACAGAUUCUGAUGAAGCUGAUCCAGAUCAACCUCCACCACUCUAAACUCGCGUCUGCGAACCUUGAGGUCCGCCUGGCUGCCGGUGGACUCGACGUUGCCCUCAUCCAGGAACCGUGGAUACACGGCAAUAAAAUCUGCGGACUUGGGAUGAAGGGCUUUAAGCUUAUUGCCGCACAAAAUGCAGCUUAGUGACGGCGAUCUGGUAGUGGCAAGCAUUGAGCUGGACAAAACCAGCUUUUGGGUAGCCUCUGCCUACAUGGCCCAUGACAAGGACGUGCCACCAGACGGGUUUCGGACCUUGGCCGAGGAAGCAGCCUUCAAGAACAAACCACUGGUUGCCUCCUGCGACGCUAAUGCCCACAACUUGAUGUGGGGGAGUACGGACACGAAUGCUAGAGGUGAGUCGUUACUAGACUUCAUUCUAGGGAACAAACUUAGUGUCUUGAAUUUAGGCUCAGAGCCGACCUUCAUAACAAAGAGUAGAGAGGAAGUUUUGGACAUAACCCUGGCUUCAGACAUGUUUGCCCAUAAAAUCAAGAGAUGGAGAGUACUGAAGGAAAAAUCGUAUUCUGACCAUCGUUAUAUUGAAUUCGAAAUAGAUCUUAAGACCCCCCAAGUAAGGGAGUUCAGAAAUGUUAGAAAUACCGACUGGGGGGUUUACAAUAAUAAAUUAAGGACUUUACUGCCAAAGAUACCUCCCCGAGACCUCGCCAAGCAGGUGGAGCUGGAGGGGUUGGUUAAUCAGGUUACUAAAGCCAUGAAUAGUUCUUUGUCAGCCGGGUGCCCGGUUGUUCGAUACAGGGGAAAAAGCAAACCACCUUGGUGGUCGAAACAAUUAUCCUUGUUACGUGAAUCUAAUAGGUCAAUGUUCAACAAGGCCAAAGCCACGAGAGCAGCAGAGGACUGGGAAGCCUACAAGGCUGAUCUGAAAGUAUACAAAAAAGCAGUUAGAAGUGCGAAACGUAAAUCCUGGCAAAGUUACUGCAAGGGAAUUGAGGAAACCACGGAAGCGGCCAGAUUAAGAAGAAUUCUCGCAAAGUCGCCAUGCAACCUCGGCUAUCUUAAGGGUCAAGGGAACUCAUGGACUACGACGAGCGAGGAAUCUUUAGGUCUCCUCCUGGACACACACUUCCCUGGAAAUAAGCCGGUGGAACCUAAUGACCCCCAGAAUGAAGGGGGGCUAUCUGAUCUGGGAAACCGACUGAUUACAAACGAAAAAAUUGAAUGGGCUAUUAAAACUUUUGGUCCUUACAAGUCACCGGGAUUUGAUGGAAUACACUCGGUAGACCUACAGCAAUCACGGGACAUAGAAGGCGCCUUCAACAAUAUUAACGCAAGCGCCAUAACGGGUGCCUUAGAAGAGCUUGGAGUUGACCAGAAUGUGGCGGUGCUGAUCGAGUCUAUACUUGUCAGCAGGACGAUUAGCAUUCCACCUCAGCGGAAACAAAGCCAGGAUAAGAAACAUAAGGAAAUGUCUCAAGAAAUGUGUGCAUGUCGCACCGAAGACGUUCUAAAAUUUUUGGGCUAG